AUGAUGUCCAACGAAACCCGACAGAGCAAAUUGGCCGAGGCCAAGGAAAAGUUGAGAGACCAUCAUCCCCAGACCAACCCUAGUGUUGAUACAGGAGCAAGGGACACCAAAAAGCAGAAAAUAAAUAAUGGCACUAACCCUGAGACAACAACUUCCUGUGGUUGCCACUCACCUGAGGAUGAAAAGACGGCAAGCCACCAACAUCCGGAAGCCCUAAGGAGGGAGCUAGAGGCCCAGGUUCAUACCAUACGAAUCCUUACAUGUCAGAAAACGGAGCUUCAGACGGCACUCUAUUACAGCCAGCAUGCUGCCAAGCAGUUGGAAGGAGAGUCUAGGGAUCUGAUCAGCCGCCUGCAUGAUUCAUGGAUGUUUGCAGGAGAGUUAGAGCAGGCUCUCUCUGCUGUGUCUACACAGAAGAAGAAGGCGGAUAGGUACAUCGAGGAGUUAACAAAGGAGAGGGAUGCCCUGAGUCUGGAACUGUACAGGAACACCAUAACCAAUGAGGAGUUGAGGGAGAAAAACGCCGAACUACAAGAAAAACUUCGACUUGUAGAAUCUGAAAAGUCUGAGAUCCAGCUCAACGUAAAGGAGCUAAAAAAGAAGCUGGAGAGGGCCAAGCUCCUGCUGCCACAGCAGCAGCUGCAGGCGGAGGCUGACCACCUGGGUAAGGAGCUGCAGAGUGUGUCAGCAAAGCUCCAAGCCCAGGUGGAAGAGAACGAGUUGUGGAACCGCCUGAACCAGGAACAGGAGGAGAAGAUGUGGAAGCAGGAGGAGAAGAUACGGGAGCAGGAGGAGAAGAUACGGGAGCAGGAGGAGAAGAUACACAAGCAGGAGGAGAAGAUACGAGAGCAGGAGGAGAAGAUGUGGAGGCAGGAGGAGAAGAUGCACGAGCAGGAGAAGAUACGGGAGGAGGAGAAGAGGCAGAAGCAGGAGGAGAAGAUGUGGAGGCAGGAGGAGAAGGUACGGCAGCAGGAGGAGAAGAUGUGGAGUCAGGAGGAGAAGAUACGGGAGCAGGAGGAGAAGAUGUGGAGGCAGGAUGAGAAGAUACGGGAGCAGAAGGAGAAGAUGCACGAGCAGGAGGAGAAGAUACGGGAGCAGGAGGAGAAGAUGCACGAGCAGGAGGAGAAGAUACGGGAGCAGGAGGAGAAGAUGUGGAGGCAGGAGGAGAAGAUGAGGGAGCAGAAGGAGAAGAUGCAUGAGCAGGAGGAGAAGAUGUGGAGGCAGGAGGAAAAGAUGCAUAAGCAGGAGAAGAUACGGGCGGAGGAGAAGAGGCAGGAGGAGGAGGAGAAGAUGUGGAGGCAGGAGGAGAAGAUACGGGAGCAGGAGGAGAUGUGGAGGCAGAAGGAGAAGAUGCACGAGCAGGAGGAGAAGAUACAGGAGCAGGAGGAGAAGGUGUGGGGGCAGGAGGAGAAGAUACGGGAGCAGGAGGAAAAGAGGCGGGAGCAGGAGGAGAAGAUGUGGAAGCAGGAGGAGAAGAUAAGGGAGCAGGAGGAAAAGAGGCGGGAGCAGGAGGAGAAGAUAAGGGAGCAGGAGGAGAAGAUAAGGGAGCAGGAGGAGAAGAUAAGGGAGCAAGAGGAGAAGAUAAGGGAGCAGGAGGAGAAGAUAUGGGAGCAGGAGGAGAUGAUGCAGGAACAGGAAGAGAAGAUUUGCGAGCAGGAGGAGAAGAUGUGGGAGCAGGAGGAGAAGAUGCAGAAACAGGAGGAGAAGAUGCGAGGCAGGAGGAGAAGAUGUGGGAGCAGGAAAUGAGGCUGCGGCAGCAGGAGGAGAAGAUGCAGGAACAGGAGGAGCACCUGGAAGCUGCCAUCUACCGAGCAGAUGACAACAAGGCAAAGACAAUAAACAUGUAAAAGCCGGCAGCAAGGCCUGGAGAAGAGUAAGCCGCCAUGUGACUGUUUAGAAUAUAGUCUCAGCACAAACCUGAAAAAAAAAA